AUGGAAAGCUCAUGCCAUGGUUUAGUGCUUCUCAUCAGUCAACAUUGUACUUUUCUGAUGAAUCCCCUCACUUCAGAGUUGGUCAAGAUACCGUCUUUCGCUUCUUCUUCUGCUCCGGAUCAUGUUCCUCGUGACAUGGAGCAUGUUUUAGGAUAUGAUGGUACUAAUGACGAUUACAAAAUUGUCCUAAUUUCGUAUCCUCGUGACGGUUUUUCAAUUGAUGAUCCCGUAACAAAUGUGGAUAUUUAUAGCACGAUUUCAAGAACUUGGAAGCAUUUGGGGAAUUCUACUUAUCAUCAUUGUUCUUCUUAUGCUAAGAAUGGAGUUUUUCUUAAUGGAUACGCACAUUUUUUGGCUCCUGAUCAUUCAACUUCAUCGUCAACCUCGGUUAUCGCUGUUUUCGACUUGACCCAUGAGAAAUUCGACAAUGUACUGCCACCUCCUCCAAAUUUUGAAAGCGAUUUGAUUGAGGGUAGACUAAUGACUACUUCUGAAGGAUGUCUUGCUUUGAUUCUAAAAUCCAAUUAUGAUUUUGAUAUUUGGGAAACUGGUUAUGCAUACUCUGUCAAGUCAAGUGGAGCUUGGAGAGACAUGGAAGUUGUCGGUUUUUCGGAGGGCUUAGAUGGAGCUCUGAGGUAUAUAGAAUGUGCAGAUUUUGCAGAUGACUUGGAUGAUGAUGAAGAAGCUUGGAGGGAUAUGGAAGCCGCUUGGAAGGAUUUAAUUGUCGAGUUUCCAAACUGCUUUGGAACAGCAACAUUGACUUUCAAAGAGAGUCUUUUGCCUCCUAAUUACAUUUCAGGCAGGAAAAAAAGAGCAGAUUAA